AGAGAGAGAGAGAGGCUACAUUUCUAGAGAGAGAAAGUGAGAGAUAAUUUUUUUUUUAAUUUUUCUCUUCCUUCUUGUUGUUGUUAAAAGGCUUUGAGAUCGUCUCCGUUCCGUUUUUCUCCUUUCUAAUUCCUCGACGGCCUCGAGGUUUAUAGGGAGAGAUAAAGGAAAAAAGGGCUUCGAAGCAGAAAAAGGAGGAAGAAAAACCGAAAAAGGAAAUUUUUUUUUCAAUCUUUUUCUCCCUCUCCUGGAAAAAUAGAUAAAUUUUCCUGCAAAGUGUUGUCGAAUUUUCUUACGAGGUGGUUAAUUCACGAUCUGAGCUAGGGUUUCGAAAAUGUUGAUAAGAGAUGCGAAUUUGCUUUGAUUUUAGUUGGCCGAUCUUGAACCUAGGGCUUAAUUUUGUAACGUCAAAGAAAUGGAUGUGGAUUCGUCGAUGGUGCCAGAGACCGAUCACGAUCAGAAUCACGGCGGAGCAUCACAAUCUCCAGCGCCGAUGGAGAGGGAGCAACAGCAACAGCAACAGCAACAGCAACAACAGCAAAGCCAGCAACUAGAGAACCAGGCUUCGCCGCCGGGACCUGGUGGAUCUCCGCCUCCUCCUGCGCAACAACAGGCGGCAGCAGCCGCAGCUACUGCUCAGGUACAGCCCCAAACUCCGGUGGUGGGGCCGAGGUGUGCGCCUACUUAUUCGGUGGUGAAUGCGAUUAUAGAGAAGAAAGAAGACGGGCCCGGCCCAAGGUGUGGGCAUACCCUAACGGCUGUGGCAGCUGUGGGGGAAGAAGGGACGCCUGGGUAUAUUGGGCCCAGGUUGAUUCUGUUUGGUGGUGCCACGGCACUUGAAGGGAAUUCUGCUGCUUCUGGGACUCCAUCGUCCGCCGGAAGCGCUGGCAUCAGACUAGCAGGUGCCACUGCUGAUGUGCACUGUUAUGAUGUGUUAACUAAUAAAUGGUCGAGGAUCUCACCCUUUGGAGAGCCACCUACACCAAGGGCUGCACAUGUGGCAACUGCUGUGGGAACUAUGGUAGUUAUUCAGGGUGGAAUUGGUCCGGCUGGUUUGUCUGCCGAGGACCUUCAUGUUCUUGACCUCACACAGCAACGACCACGGUGGCAUAGGGUUGUUGUUCAAGGCCCUGGGCCAGGGCCACGCUAUGGACAUGUGAUGGCUUUGGUGGGGCAAAGGUAUCUCAUGGCGAUUGGUGGAAAUGAUGGGAAGCGACCUUUGGCUGAUGUGUGGGCCCUAGACACUGCUGCCAAGCCUUAUGAAUGGCGUAAAUUGGAACCAGAAGGGGAAGGUCCACCUCCAUGCAUGUAUGCUACUGCAAGUGCACGCUCAGAUGGUCUUCUUCUACUUUGUGGAGGGAGGGAUGCAAACAGUGUGCCAUUGGCAAGUGCAUAUGGACUUGCAAAACACAGGGAUGGUCGGUGGGAAUGGGCAAUUGCUCCGGGUGUCUCACCAUCUCCAAGAUAUCAACAUGCAGCAGUCUUUGUCAAUGCAAGGCUCCAUGUUUCUGGUGGGGCACUUGGCGGUGGACGCAUGGUUGAAGACUCAUCAAGUGUUGCAGUGUUGGAUACUGCUGCGGGAGUUUGGUGUGAUACAAAAUCUGUUGUUACUAGUCCAAGGACUGGCCGGUACAGUGCUGAUGCUGCUGGUGGAGAUGCUUCAGUGGAGUUGACAAGGCGUUGCAGACAUGCUGCUGCAGCUGUUGGUGACUUAAUAUUUAUUUAUGGUGGUUUGCGUGGUGGAGUGUUGCUUGAUGACCUGCUUGUUGCGGAAGACCUGGCUGCUGCUGAGACAACAACAGCAGCUUCACAUGCUGCAGCUGCAGCUGCUGCUUCUAAUGUGCAUGCAGGGCGGUUGCCUGGGAGGUAUGGAUUUGUUGAUGAAAGAACAAGGCAAACAAUGCCUGAAGCAGUUCCUGAUGGUUCAGUUGUGCUGGGAAAUCCAGUUGCUCCCCCUGUAAAUGGGGACAUGUAUACUGACAUAAGCACUGAGAAUGCCAUGCUUCAAGGAUCCCGGAGGAUGAGCAAAGGUGUUGAGUAUUUGGUUGAAGCAUCAGCUGCAGAAGCGGAGGCUAUUAGUGCCACACUGGCUGCGGCCAAGGCACGGCAAGUUAAUGGAGAAGUUGAACUUCCUGAUAGGGAUCGUGGGGCAGAGGCUACACCUAGUGGAAAGCAGAUGUCUACCUUGAUCAAGAUGCCUGAUUCUGCUGGGUCAAAUAGUGUUGCUCCAGCUGGAGUUCGGCUUCAUCAUAGAGCUGUUGUUGUAGCUGCAGAGACUGGUGGAGCUCUAGGUGGAAUGGUCAGACAGCUUUCAAUUGACCAAUUUGAAAAUGAAGGUAGGCGGGUUAGCUAUGGAACUCCAGAGAGUGCAACUGCAGCAAGGAAACUAUUAGAUAGGCAGAUGUCAAUCAAUAGUGUUCCAAAAAAGGUCAUUGCGCAUCUUUUGAAGCCUCGUGGUUGGAAGCCUCCAGUUCGCCGACAGUUUUUCUUAGAUUGCAAUGAAAUAGCAGAUCUUUGUGACAGUGCUGAACGAAUAUUUUCAACUGAACCCAGUGUUUUACAGCUGAAGGCACCUAUAAAGAUUUUCGGUGAUCUCCAUGGACAAUUUGGGGAUCUUAUGCGCCUUUUUGAUGAAUAUGGUGCACCUUCAACAGCUGGGGACAUUGCGUAUAUCGAUUAUCUCUUCUUAGGAGAUUAUGUGGACCGGGGCCAACACAGCUUAGAGACCAUUACUCUUCUACUUGCUUUGAAGGUCGAGUAUCCCAGUAAUGUACAUUUAAUUCGAGGGAAUCAUGAAGCUGCGGAUAUCAAUGCACUUUUUGGCUUUCGUAUAGAGUGUAUUGAGCGCAUGGGUGAGAGAGAUGGAAUAUGGGCAUGGCAUCGCAUAAACCGUUUAUUCAAUUGGCUUCCUCUGGCAGCUCUAAUUGAAAAGAAAAUCAUUUGUAUGCAUGGUGGUAUUGGUCGGUCAAUAAAUCAUGUGGAACAGAUUGAGAAUCUACAGCGUCCAAUUACAAUGGAAGCAGGCUCGAUUGUUCUUAUGGAUUUAUUAUGGUCUGAUCCAACAGAAAAUGAUAGUGUGGAAGGAUUGCGACCAAAUGCUAGAGGUCCAGGGUUGGUUACUUUUGGGCCUGAUCGUGUUAUGGAAUUCUGCAAUAAUAAUGAUCUUCAGUUGAUUGUUCGUGCUCAUGAGUGUGUGAUGGAUGGCUUUGAACGCUUUGCCCAGGGACAUUUAAUCACCCUUUUCUCAGCCACCAAUUAUUGCGGUACCGCUAAUAAUGCUGGUGCAAUCUUAGUUUUGGGUAGAGAUCUCGUGGUGGUUCCGAAACUCAUUCAUCCUUUACCCCCAGCAAUGUCAUCACCGGAAGCAUCACCGGAACGUCAUAUAGAGGAUACAUGGAUGCAGGAGCUGAAUGCUAACAGACCUCCAACACCUACUAGAGGUCGUCCUCAAGUAACAAAUGAUCGGGGCUCUCUUGCUUGGAUAUAGUAGAUCCCUCCAAUUGUUUCCAUGAUACUCAUUUGGGCUCAUGCUACCACCUGGGGAUUCUGGUGUUCUGUAUAGAGCAUGAUGCCAUAUACAGGCAUUUUCCGAACUGGUAGUCUCUCCUGUUAAGAGUUUGAAGGCUUUAUGACAUUUUUGGUUUUUCGCCGGUUUUGAGCAUACGGUAGGCCUUGAGAUAAUGCAAGAUGCAAGUGUUCGGAAAGCAGAUUGCAGGCGGGAUUAGGUUGACAAUGAUAAUGUGGUGAAAGUUGCAAUCUGGGGUUGACCCCCUGUAAAUGGAGCCACAGGCAGAGGCAGGUAGAAGUGCAGAUGGGGUGGUUUUAUUAAGAAAGGGGUUGGUAGUGUGGGGAGUAUUUUUCACAUUUUAGUCUUUUGUUUUUUUUUUUUUCUUUUUAAAUUUUUAUAUAUUUUUUAUUCCUCGUUGUAGGUCUUCUAAUAUUUUUCCCACCUUUUGAGGUCCGUGCUUCCUUUAUAUGUGAUGAUGAUGAGAGAUAUAACAUUAAAAAUCUUGUAUCAUAGAGGUGUUGAUUGGUGUAAUUCUCAAUUCUGCUCUGUACAAUGUAACGUUUGUGUGAAGAUAAGAACACUGUUGUCCAACAUCAAA